AUGAGAAGGCCUUUGUUCUUACGAAUUGUGAAUGCUCUUGGCGCAUGGGAUCCUUAUUUUACUCAUAGAACAGAUGCCACCAACCGACCCAGGCUCACACCUCUGCAAAAGUGUACAGCCGCAAUCCGCAUGUUAGCGUAUGGAACCUCCGCGGACCAACUUGAUGAGGUACUGAUGUUAGCUGCAAGCACUACUUUAGAAUGCUUGGGGAUGUUCGCACAAGGGGUGAUUGACAUGUUUGGCCAAGAGUAUCUGAGGCCCCCAAGAUGUGAUGAAGUGGAACAUUUGCUUCAAAUUGGUGAAUCUCGUGGAUUCCCUGGCAUGUUAGGGAGCAUCGAUUGUAUGCACUGGCAAUGGGAGAAAUGCCCUAAUGCUUGGAGAGGACAAUUUACCCGUGGUGAUCACGGUGUUCCUACUAUGAUCCUUGAAGCAGUUGCUUCUUACGACCUUCGCAUAUGGCAUGCUUAUUUUGGUGUUGCCGGCUCAAACAAUGAUAUAAAUGUGCUCAACAAGUCACCUUUGUUUGUCCAAGAGUUGAAAGGGGAAGCUCCACGGGUACAGUUCAUUGUCAAUGGAAGGCAAUAUAAUCAGGGUUAUUACCUUGCAGAUGGUAUUUAUCCAGAAUGGGUUGUAUUCGUGAAGACUAUAGCACUACCUCAGAUAGAGAUUGACAAAUUGUUUGCACGACAUCAAGAAGGGGCAAGGAAAGAUGUUGAACGGGCAUUUGGAGUGUUGCAAUCCCGUUUUAACAUCGUGCGACGUCCUGCAAAGUUAUGGAAGCGUGCUUCGGUCGGUAAAAUCAUGGAAGCUUGCAUCAUUCUUCAUAAUACGAUUAUCGAAGAUGAGGGAGACAUGGUUCACGUCCCUUUAGAUUUGAAUGAGAAUCCUGAAACAUGUUUUGCUUUACCGCCGGAGGUCAAUUGUGGUCUCAACAUCUUCUUUACAAAUGUGCUACAAAGGAAUUCCUCUAUUCGUGAACGAUCAACACAUCUAAAACUGAAGCAGGAUUUGGUCGAGCAUAUUUGGCAGAAAUUUGGGGAUGAGUGA